AUGGCCAAGGGCAAGAGAAAUAACUGGAGAAGGAUAGCCACCAUUGCAAUUCCGUUGGUGUUUGCAGUGGUGGUUCUUUUCAAGAUGCUUAACUACAGUACGACUGCUGCAGAUUUGCAGACACUAUUACAGAAUUUACCUAAGGAGAUUAAUAUGGGUUCUUCCGAGCAAUCAGACCGUAAAAUUAUGGAGAAAUUUGAGAAAUUGAGCCAGGAUAUGCUAAAGAAACAGGACGAUCAGGCAAGAAGGUUUGAUAGAGAGAGGAAAGUCUUGGAGAAGAAGAUUCAAGCGUUGAAGCAACCUGCCAGACAUGCGACUUUGAGAGAGAAGUUGGCCGUUGUGUUUGAGUACGGUACCACUCAGAGAUUCCCCGCUUUUGUUUGGCAAAGUUGGCCGUAUUCCGAUGACGAUGACAGGUUGGAUCCUACAUUGAAAAAAUACGAACGGAACUGGGCUAAUAAAAACCCUGGUUUCGUUCACGAGAUUGUCAACGACGAUACUGCUGCGGCGUUUGUGCAUGGUUUCUAUGCUACAGUUCCUGAAGUGAUAGAAGCUUAUGAUUCUUUGCCUACGUCGAUCUUAAAGAUCGAUUUCUUUAAGUACCUCAUCUUGCUGGCGCGUGGUGGUGUCUGGGCAGAUGUCGACACUGAUCUGUUGCAACCAGUACCCAAUUGGAUCCCAGAGAACGUGUCUCCAAAGGAAAUCGGGUUGAUUAUUGGUAUUGAACACGACUCGAAGACUCCUGAUUGGAGAUCUUCUUAUUUGAGAAGAUUGCAAUUUGGCAAUUGGGUCGUACAAGCCAAGCCAGGCCAUCCAGUGAUCCGUGAAAUGGUCGCAAGGGUCACUGAGACUACAUUGGAAAAAAAAUACGCUGAUGAACUUAACAUGAACCUAAGAAACGAUCUGACCAUUAUGGGCUGGACCGGAACUGGUGCUUGGACCGACGUAAUAUUCACCUAUUUCAACGAUUACGUUCAAAGUGGUGUUUUAGACAAGAUCACUUGGAAACAUUUCCAUAACUUAAAGGUACCCAAACUGGUCGGAGACAUUCUAGUGUUCCCAGAAGUUAGUUUCAAUGCGCCACAAGCUGAUUCAGACACGGAUUCUAAACAGUUGACUAACAGUGCGCUACAUUUCGCAACACAUACCAAAAUGAAGUCAUGGAAGAACCAGCAAAAACUCCGCGGCUACAAAUAA